AUGCGUCUCUUCCUAUCUUUCUUUUUCUUUCUUUCUUUCUUUCUUUCUUUCUUUCUUUCUUUCUUUCUUUCAUACAUAUCUCUUUCUACCUUUUCUUUCCCUCUCUCUACUUCUCUCUCUUUCUCGCUAUCUAUCUAUCUGGAUUUGUCUGUUUCUAUGUCUGUCUGUCUGUCUAUCUAUCUAUCUAUUUAUCUAUCAAUCUAUUUUUAUCAGUUCAUAUCUCAUUCUGCCUGUUUUACUAUCUUUAACCAGGGUGUGCAUUUUCUCUCUCUCUCUCUCUCUCUUUCUCUCUCUCUCUUUGCCUAUACACAAACCUUUUGUCACAGUUUCCCCUUUUUCAAUCCACGUAUUACUCUCUACCCUCUCUCCUUUAAUUUUUCCCUUUUCUCUCUCCAUUUUUCUAUUUCUCUCUCUCUAAUUAUGAAGUAUUAUUUCUCUUUCUCAGACUACGCCCUUUCUCUACCCCUCUCUCUUUCUUCUCCAUAA